UGGCAGCUCAGCGAAAUGCUGGAACAAUGAGGCAGUGAAGCUCCCCAGGCAGCAGCCCGAGCUGAGGGGACGCGGCGGCGGGCUGGGCGCGCUGCUGGCCGUACCGCAACAUGGCCGCCCCCACGGCCCCCUGCCGUCCGUACAGCAUGGCGGCCUCCGCGCCGAGCCAGAAGGAGGCGCCGCGGCCGUAAAGCAGCGCCCGCUUCCCGAUACCCAGCUGUCGCAAACCGGUGAAUGGCUCUGGAGAGGGACCGGGGGGUGGGGGACACGAGCUCGCGGUCGCGGCGCGGGGGGGCGGCGGCGGCGGCGGCUCCGCUCCCUCCUCCUGCCCCCGGCGGAGCGCGGCCUGCCGGCCGGGGGACCGCAGCGUGCCGAGAUGGACCCCAACAGGAUCAUCCAGGCGCUGAAGGGCACCAUCGACCCCAAGCUGCGCAUCGCAGCCGAGAACGAGCUCAAUCAGUCCUAUAAAAUCAUCAAUUUUGCUCCAAGUCUACUGCAAAUCAUAGUAUCAGAUCAAGUUGAGUUUCCGGUGCGUCAAGCAGCUGCCAUCUACCUGAAGAACAUGGUGACGCAGUACUGGCCUGACCGUGAACCACCUCCUGGAGAAGCAGUAUUUCCUUUCAACAUUCAUGAAAACGAUCGUCAGCAGAUUCGUGAUAACAUUGUAGAAGGAAUAAUUCGCUCUCCUGACUUAGUGAGAGCCCAGCUGACAAUGUGCCUGCGUGCUAUCAUUAAGCAUGACUUUCCUGGCCAUUGGACAGCGGUCGUUGACAAGAUAGGCUACUACUUGCAGUCUCAAAACAGUGGGAGCUGGCUUGGGAGCCUCCUGUGCCUGUAUCAGCUGGUGAAGACUUAUGAAUACAAGAAAGCAGAGGAGCGAGAUCCUCUGAUAGCAGCAAUGCAGAUAUUUUUGCCUCGUAUUCAGCAGCAAAUGAUCCAGCUUCUGCCUGAUAAUUCCCAUUACUCUGUGCUUCUUCAGAAACAGAUUUUAAAAAUCUUCUAUGCUCUUGUUCAGUAUGCAUUGCCACUCCAGUUGGUGAAUAACCAGACUAUGACUCAGUGGAUGGAGAUCUUCCGUACCAUCAUUGACAGAAAUGUACCUCCUGAGACUUUGCAAAUCGAUGAAGAUGAUAGACCAGAGCUGGUGUGGUGGAAAUGCAAGAAAUGGGCAUUACAUAUCGUAGCUCGUCUUUUUGAGCGGUAUGGAAGUCCAGGAAAUGUAACUAAAGAAUACUUUGAGUUCUCAGAGUUUUUUCUAAAAACAUAUGCUGUGGGCAUACAACAAGUUCUAUUAAGAAUCUUAGACCAAUACAGACAAAAGGACUAUGUUGCACCACGUGUUCUUCAGCAAACGUUAAACUACCUGAACCAAGGAGUCAUUCACUCUGUAACGUGGAAGCAAAUGAAGCCACACAUACAAAGUAUAACAGAAGAAGUGAUAUUCUCCCUAAUGUGCUACAAAGACGAGGACGAAGAGCUGUGGCAAGAAGAUCCGUAUGAAUAUAUCCGCAUGAAAUUUGAUGUAUUUGAGGAUUAUGCAUCCACAACAACAGCAGCACAGAAUCUCCUUUAUACAGCAGCAAAGAAGAGAAAAGAGGUAUUGCCAAAAAUGAUGGCAUAUUGCUACCAGAUUCUGACAGAACCAAACAUUGAUCCAAGGAAGAAAGAUGGAGCUUUGCAUGUUAUAGGAUCCUUAGCAGAUAUUUUACUGAAAAAGAGUGUAUUCAAGGAUCAAAUGGAGCUGAUGCUACAGAAUCAUGUAUUUCCAUUGUUCAUGUCUAACCUGGGGUACCUCAGAGCUAGAUCCUGUUGGGUACUUCAUUCAUUCAGUGCUUUGAAUUUUCACAAUGAGCUAAACUUGAGGAAUGCAGUAGAGCUAGCAAAGAAGAGCCUGAUUGAUGAUAAAGAAAUGCCUGUCAAGGUAGAAGCUGCCAUAGCUCUGCAGAUGUUAAUAAGCCACCAGGAGCAAGCUAAGGAAUACGUGAAGCCAUAUGUAAGACCAGUUAUGCAAGAGCUCUUGCACAUUGUUAGAGAGACAGAAAAUGAUGAUCUUACAAAUGUAAUCCAGAAGAUGAUCUGUGAGUACAGUCAGGAAGUAGCUACCAUCGCUGUUGACAUGACACAACACCUGGCUGAAAUAUUUGGUAAAGUACUUCAGAGUGAGGAAUAUGAGGAAGUGGAGGACAAAACAGUUAUGGCCAUGGGUAUCUUGCACACUAUUGACACUAUCCUAACAGUUGUGGAAGAUCACAAGGAGAUAACUCAACAGCUGGAGAGCAUUUGUUUGCAGAUCAUCGGCCUUGUUUUGCAGAAGCAUGUUAUAGAGUUUUAUGAAGAAAUUCUUUCCUUGGCAUACAGCUUGACAUGCCAGAUGAUUUCACCUCAAAUGUGGCAGCUUUUAGGUGUUCUCUAUGAGGUUUUCCAGCAGGAUUGCUUUGAAUACUUUGCAGAUAUGAUGCCUCUCUUGCAUAAUUAUGUGACCAUUGACACUGAUACUUUACUGUCUAAUCCAAAGCAUUUAGAAAUCAUUUAUGCUAUGUGUAAAAAGGUAUUGACAGGAGAUGCUGGAGAAGAUGCAGAGUGCCAUGCAGCCAAGCUCCUAGAAGUAAUUGUUCUUCAGUGCAAAGGACGGGGUAUUGACCAGUGCAUUCCACUCUUUGUGGAGGCUGUUCUGGAGCGGUUGACAAGAGGAGUUAAAACAAGCGAGCUUCGUACCAUGUGUCUUCAGGUUGCCAUAGCUGCACUCUAUUACAAUCCUGACCUACUUUUGCACACCUUAGAGAACAUCAGAUUUCCACACAACCCUGAGCCCAUCACUGCACAGUUCAUAAACCAGUGGAUGAAUGACACAGACUGUUUUCUCGGACUCCAUGACAGAAAGAUGUGCAUAAUAGGACUGAGCAUCCUAAUGGAGUUACAGAACCGACCACCUGCAGUGGAUGCUGUGGCUGCUCAGAUUGUCCCUUCAAUCCUCCUCCUCUUCCUGGGCUUGAAACAAGUUUGCGCCUCACGAGAACUCACAGAACACGAGGAUCAUGCUAAAGAUGAUAAACACGUUGCAGAAGAUAAUGAAGAGAUACCAAGUGAUGAGGAGGAGACAAAUGAAGUGAGCCAGGCAAUGCAAGAGAACCAUGGCGCAGGUGGAGAUGGAGGUGGAGAAGAAGAGGAUGACGAUGAUGAUGAUGAUGACUGGGAUGAAGAUGCCUUGGAAGAGACUGCUCUUGAAGGGUUCAGCACACCUCUUGACCUUGAAAAUGGUGUUGAUGAAUACCAGUUUUUCACACAAGCACUUUUAGCGGUGCAGAGCCGAGAUGCUGCCUGGUACCAUUUGCUGACAGCACCGCUGAGUGAGGAUCAGAAGAAACAGCUGCAGGAAAUUUAUACAUUAGCAGAGCACCGGCGAAAUGCUGCAGAGACUAAGACAAUAGAACAGCAAAGUGGCUACACAUUUGACAACAAAGGACUGGUCAUAGCAUUUAACUUUGCUGGAAAUACUCCUGGUGGAAACUGAAGGAUCGACUACGAAGGUCAAUGAGAAGGGUUUCAUCAUCACAUUUUCUUAAACUCAUCAUGACUUCUGAGUGAUAGGGGAGGGUAAUUUAAUGCUGCUGAAGGUUUUCUGAAAUAUAGCAGUGUGCUUCCCCCACCAGAAUGCUUUUUCUAACCGGCUACUGUAAUUUACAAAUUCUUGUGGUGUUUUUAUAAUUUGAUGGACUGAAAAGGAAACAUUUGUCCUCAAGGAACCUGAAUGAAUGGGAGGGGCCAGGCUGCGUCUAAUUGAGUUGCACUUCUCAGGUUUUUUGCUGUGCAGAAUUGAUAGAUUCAUAUGGAUAACAGUGCCUUCUGUUGUACAUGGAUUGCCUGAACAAAUGGAUUUUUGGAGUGCAUUAUAAUUUUUUAAGUGUAAGAACAUUUCUCGAUAACACUGUAAGCCUUGGUUCCAUGUUUUGCUGUCAUCUGCUUUUUACUACACCAUUUAACUGUUUGUUGGUUGUAUACCUGUUGCUGGAUUCAGAAUAUGAUCUCUUCCCAGUUUGGUGCAGGCCAGAUGUGAAUAGGGAAGCAUCUGCUGGAGUUGCAGAGCAUACACUGGUUGUCAGAGUGUCUUAACAGAACUGCAGAUUUUCCCUUGAUGUAGUAGUCUUAAAUUAUUUCUCUUAGCUAUGGAAUCAACUCACUUGAGUUAUGAUGGCACGUGUGGCAGUUGGCUAUCCUAAAUCUACAUUGACAUUACCUCCUGCCUGCACAAGUGGCAUGGCCCUCUCAUGUAGAUGUGCUACAUGACAACUUUUUAUUUUCACUCUUUUUGUUGGGUUCAUAUAACCUGAUUUUCUGUUUUUAUUCAUUCAUUACCAUUCCAAUGGUAGUACUGAAUGCAUAAUGUGGUACAAAAUAUAUACAGUAUUUUAUUUAUCUUAGAAGAAAAACAGUUGUGGACUUGCUUUUUACUGUUACACUUCUGUGAUAAAAUUUCUGGUCUGCAUUCCAUUUGGCUGUUCUUUUUCAAUGCCGAAAUUUUGUUAUCAGCCAGAUUUUUUUUUCCUGACUUUCAAAGGCUGGUUUCUCAUAAAUUGAAACAUAUACAAUAGGUUUUUUUCUUUUUUGUGAAUAUGUUCAUUUAGUGAGAAACUUAGCUUUAUGAGAAACCGACAGUAAUACUAGAUUGAGUGGCUGCCCCUUCUCUAGCUCUGUUGGGGUCUCAGUAAUGUAGCCAAAAUAAGUUGGGGUGUUUUAGAAUGUGCAGUUUGAAUUGAAGAUAAAAUGUUCAGUGCAGAUUUUGUCUCUGUGUUAAUUUCUAUAAGACUUAAAAAUAUUUACAAAGCAAUUUUAAGCACACACUGAUGAUGUAAUUCUUUAGAGCACUGACCCAACUGGAAAGUUGUAGCCCUUUCCCAUACACUAUCAGAUUUUAAAAAUUGUAGACAAUUACAGAUUGCUGGUCCUGCAGUGUGCUGAAUCUUUUUUAUUUUUUUUUUUCAAU